AUGACGCUGACGAGCCUCAAUAUUCUAAGAACCACGUCUCUCUGUUCUUUCAACACGGCGACCAAACCGAUUUCCUCAAACCAUCUCACCCUUCUCUUCAACACCAAUUUCACUUUUACUCCUCCCAACGUUUCCAUUCGGCAACCGAAGCGUCAUUUCCGCGCCGGAAUUGUCGCCAUGGCUUCACAAGGACCUGGGCCUGUCCACAAAUCUGAGCAAGAAUGGCAAGCUAUUCUCUCCCCUGAGCAGUUUCGAAUUCUGAGGCAGAAAGGCACUGAGUACCCCGGAACAGGAGAAUAUGACAAGUUCUUUGAGGAGGGAGUCUACAGUUGUGCAGGUUGUAAAACUCCACUCUAUAAGUCUACGACAAAAUUCAAUUCCGGUUGUGGCUGGCCAGCCUUCUAUGAGGGUCUUCCUGGAGCCAUAAAUCGCCAUGCUGACCCCGAUGGAAUGAGGAUCGAAAUAACCUGCGCUGCAUGCGGGGGACAUCUUGGUCAUGUAUUUAAAGGCGAAGGAUUUUCAACACCCACUAACGAACGACAUUGCGUCAAUAGCAUUUCACUGAAAUUUGCACCAGCCAAUUCUUAG